AUGGCUGAGGCCGCUGUAUCUGUCACCCGCUCGCCGUUGGCCGAAGCGACCUAUCGCAUCAACUCACCAAUUACUCACGCAGACCAAUCGUUAAUCAAAGCUCGAAAUCAAAGAAAUGAAUAUCAGACGGCCAACCAAGCCGUCGCUCAACACCCUACGCGACAGGUGCAGUCUCCCAUUGUCAAUCAAGUUGCUCCAGACCCGCGCGUCUCUGCCAUCAUGAACGAGCACCAGACAAGUGAAGCGGACAAACGCAUGUCACAAGCCUCGUACGCAUCCACCUCGAGUAGCCGCAGUAAGCGGAACUACAAAACCCAUAUCGGUCCAUGGCAACUUGGUCGCACUUUGGGCAAGGGUUCUUCCGCCCGUGUGCGACUCUGUCGCCACAACAUCACCAACCAGCUUGCAGCUGUCAAGAUUGUCAACCGCCGAAUGGCCUAUUUGGUUCAGGACAGCAGUUUAGCCGCCCUAAGCAAAUAUGAUAGCCAUCUUCCCGAGCCUUCAGAUGGCCAAAUGCGCGUUCCCAUGGCCAUCGAGCGAGAAGUAGCCAUCCUCAAGCUUAUUGAGCACCCAAACAUUAUGAAGCUCUACGAUAUCUGGGAGAAUCGCUCUGAAAUGCAAGUUGGCAAAUACACGAUAGUUUAUCUUAUCCUCGAAUAUAUCGACCAAGGCGACCUCUUCACAUUCAUCAACACCAAAGGCCGUCUUUCAGAACAAGUUGCGAUAUUCUUCUUCCGACAGAUGAUCAGUGCAAUUGCUUAUUGCCACUCAUUCAAUGUCUGCCAUCGUGACUUGAAGCCCGAAAACAUUCUCAUCACCGCGGAUCUGCAGAUCAAGAUUGCCGACUUUGGUAUGGCCGCACUUCACCAGACGGCCACGCACCAGCUUGCAACCGCCUGCGGCAGCCCUCACUAUGCUGCACCGGAGCUCCUUAAGAACAGACAGUACCGAGGUGACAAGGCCGACAUCUGGAGCAUGGGCGUUAUUCUCUACGCCAUGCUUUCGGCAACACUCCCCUUUGACGAUCCUGACUUGCGUGUCAUGAUGGGCAAGACAAAGAAGGGGGUGUACGAAAUGCCUAAGCAUCUUAGUCCCGAAGCUGAAGAUCUUAUUCGUCGCAUGUUACAAGUCAACCCCGAACGUCGUAUCAACCUGCAGGAUAUAUGGAAUCACCCCCUCGUCCAGAAGUACAGCUACCAAGAUGAUUUUGGUGACCUCACUAGCCAGCUUCAGGGCAAGGGGUUCAAGUACCAUCCGAUUCCUCGCAAUGAGAUUGACCCUCAGCUACUACGGCAACUUCGAUCCAUGUGGCACAUGUUCAGUGAGCAAGAACUCUCGCUCAAGUUGACUUGUGAACAGCCAAACGACCAAAAAGCCUUCUACUGGCUGCUUCACGACUAUCGGGACAAGCAACUCGAAGACUUUAAGCCAGAGCUGGCUCACUCUAUGAGCGACUACCAUCACAUGAAGCCUUCCAUCUGGAAGAAGCGCGUGUCAACGUGUCAAUUCUCGCAGCCUCGUGCAAACGGACACGGCCGCUCCAUCUCCCGCUUUACAGUUAUAUCAAACGCCGCCGAAAACGACAACGCCACGAUCGUCAGCUAUGACCCGUAUAGAUCAAAUGGUAGACUGCAGCACUGCGAAUCUCAAGUCAGUCAUGCCAAGGUCGUUGUUCAUCGUGACACUGUCGCAUCUCCAGCUGCCCAGGCGCGAGCUGUAAGCGUCGCCAAUGCAACCGCGCGUCGUGUCAGAGCCAACUCGACAAAAAGCUCUGCAACUGCCAAGCUCGAAUCCUCCAAGGGCUCCAUGAAUUCUCUCUGCAGCCGCCAGGGGACACCGUCACGCGGCGGCCCCAGCCUUCGACACAAGCGUGCCGUCGAUUUCAGCCACGUGCGCAAGCGCUCGAACUCGGCCUCAAAGGUGCAAAGUGCUGGCCGUCGCCCCGGAACGUCAUCUUCCAGUAUUAAUGAAGAUGUGGCCCCUCUUCGCCGCCUGCGAGAACAUACACCGGCUGUGCCCAAGGUGCCUACCGUUUAUAAGCGCCCUCAGUCCGACGGUCCUCUGGUAGUGAAGAAUGCUUCAGCGCUCUUCCGCGAUGAGCUUCGCAAUUUUAGCAACGACAUUGCUCGCAACUGUGACGAAGCUUUCAGAAGCUCUUUGAUUGACGACGAGUCUGUCAUAAGCGAGGGCGACAAGAAGAAUCGCGACUCAACACCGUUUUCUUACACAACCGCAAGCCCAUCCGUAGCCACCGAAGCCACCGAAUUCUCGACCAAAUCCUGGCAGCAUCGCCCGUUACCUCCUCUACCUGCCGAGGAUGGCACAUUUAGCGACGCAAGUACUGCAGCUGACUCACGACCCAGCUCAGGAGAGGGCUAUGGAAGCGGCAGUGAAUACGUGAUGGAUGGUACUGUACAAAGGGCUGUUGCCCUUUCCAUUCCUCGCCAAGUCCAAGUUGAUAGACGAAGCGUUUCUGCACCCGCUUCCAAUCCCAAUGGCAAGAAGACAAAUGUGCUUCCAUCUAUCAAUGAGAACUCUGGUACCAACAACAUUUCUAAUGACAAGUGGCGCAUUGUAUCAGCACCUCAAGCGACCUCGAGGAAGAUGAAUGGAUCGACUGGUGAUUUUGAGUACCUGAACAAGACCGAGAAUACCAUCCGUAUGGUGGUGGAUUCUCCUGCUAGUCAGGAUGGUCUCAAGGCAGCUGAGGUGCCUGUUGUCAAGAGAAAGCUGACAAAAGAAGAGUUGGGACGCAAGCUUCACCUGCACAUUGCAUACAAUGCGGAUCGAGCCGUUGAAGCUGGACCUCCCUCGGCAUCGGAUGAGCCUAUGAGUGGUGGUGGCGUUCGCAAGAUGAAAUCAUGGUUCAGACGUGUUUCGAAGACGGAUUCCGAACCAGAGACGGGUGCUCCGAGCCCGGAGAGCCUGAAGUCGCCCGCCAUAUCGCAGGAGCCACAGUCAGCCUCAACGGAUGGGUCCUCGAAGAAGCGCGCAUUUAGUUUCUCUUUUUGGAAAAAUGGUCGCGGGCAAGAACAUGCUACCAGCGUGGAUGGCGAAGACGCCGAAAAUGAGCGGCCUUUGUCUACCAGCAGCCGGAAUCACAGAAAGAGCUCCGCUGUUGCAACUCUAAAGAGCUCUGGAUCAGGAGCGCAGCGCAGCAUUGAGGUCAAGCAAAACUGGUUGACACGCCUCUUCCGGGUCAAGCCCGCAACGAGCUAUAUGUGCAUGAACCUGUCCCGCAGAAAAGCGCGACAGGAAGUGGCAAGUCUUCUCCGCGAGUGGCGACGGUACGGUAUUCGCGACAUGCAGGUGGACAAGCAGCGCAACAUUAUCUUUGCACGAGUUGCAGCUAAGAACUAUCUCAACAUCAAGGAGGUUGCGAUUGCUGCCGAGGUGGUGACGGUGAUUGAGCACGGGAAGCGCCAGCCACUCAGCAUUGUCCGAUUUACACAGGAACGCGGAGCGGCGAGCAGUUUCCAUCGGGUUGUGGACACUAUUCGAAUUGUGUUUGACGACCGCAACCUAGUGGUGACGGAUCGCAACAAGCAGAAAAUGAUGAUCAGGACUCUGACGUCUGCCAACUAA